UAGUGGCUUCCUUGGUAUCUAUCCACCAAGUACCCAUCGCGUUCACCGUACCCCUCUCACGUCCAACAUGCCAUCACUGCCAAGUGCAAGGCCCAACAGGGAUGAGGCGCUCAAACCUGUGUUUUCCAAGAACUCGAGGUCGGCGUUCCCACGCCCACCAAAGUUCGAGGAUAAAAUGAAAGAGCGCGAAUACCUGAAGUUCAGGCUUGCUCAGGCAUUUCGUAUCUUUGGAGACCUGGGAUACGAUGAGGGAGUAGCAGGACACAUUACUGUCAGAGAUCCUAUCAAACUAGACUGUUUCUGGGUCAACCCAUUUGGCCUGCAUUUCUCACUCAUCCAACCGUCCGAUCUUCUUUUAGUCGACCACAAGGGCGAUAUUCUCGAUGAAUCCGGGCCGUGCCGCCUACUUAACACGGCCGCAUUUAUGAUCCACUCCGCGAUACACACGGCCCGUCCGGACGUAUUAUGUGCUGCUCACUCUCAUUCAAUCUAUGGACGUGUGUUCUCCACGCUUGGGAAAGAACUCGAUAUCACUACACAGGACUCGACUGCCUUCUAUCAGGAUCAUGCUGUGUAUAAACAAUUUAACGGGGCUGUACUUGCCGAGGAUGAAGGUCAACGCAUCGCUGAAACACUCGGGGACAAGAAGGCCAUUAUUCUACAGAACCAUGGACUGUUGGUUGCAACAGCGACAAUCGAAUCGACUGUCCACUUCUUUGUCUCAUUUGAGAAAUGUUGCAAAGCUCAAUUGAUGGCAGAUGCUGCGGCAGCUCAGACAGGAAUAAAACCCGUUCUUAUCGGAGAAAAAGAAGCGGCUGAGACGUACCAAACUGUUGGCGUUGGAGGGUGGUUCGCUGGACGGUCUCAUUUCCAGGCACUAGAGGCGCGCGAAGGGCAGAAGUUUGCUCUAUAAAUAAGACAGAUGCUCACAAGAACAAGUGAAAGGAUGUUAUAUGUACAACUACUGACCACCGUACGCCCAAACGAGGAAAUCAAAUGAUUCUGAUCAUAUUUUCGGUCGUGCUUUCCAAGAAUAACAAAAGAUGAGGCGCGGAGAGCUGAU